CGUGAGGGACAUGGGGGACAACCCCACAUCCUCAAUAAACAAAUAAACAACAACAUUAUUAUGACUGCGCGCAAGAAGGGCUAGAGACAGUUGAGCGCUUAGCUACGUGGUUAGAGGCAGUCGAAAAAAAUCUGCCUCUUGCAUGUAAUUUGGAUAUUGAUUUCUAAGUUUAUUGAAAAAUGGCAUUCAAAUCGGACCUAUUCGGUAUUCCAUUGAAACGAGCUUCUGACGUUGACGUUUUGAAACCAUUGAAAAAUUUGAUAAUAUCACGUUAUCAGUCGACCGAACAAGAGAGUUUCAUAAAUGCUGUCAACGAAUUUGCCAAACUUAGAAGCAAUGCAGUUGGUAAAAAACUGGAUUACCAUGAAAAUUCUCUAGAAUUGCUAUACAGAUACUAUGACCAGCUUGUGGCCUUGGAGGGCAAAAUACCUGCUGCAGAAAUUCAAAUCCCUUUCAAGUGGAAAGAUGCCUUUGAAAAGGGGUCCAUUUUUGGCAGCAGGACCAGCAAAACUGUGCCUUCUUUGAGCUAUGAGAAAGCUUGUGUGAUGUUCAACAUUGCUGCUCUUCAGAGCCAAGUUGCUGCUGUUCAAAGCCCAGAUUCUGAUGAUGGACUGAAGCUGGCUGCCAAACUACUUCAGCAAUCUUCUGGUGCGUUUAACAACCUAAAGGGCUGGGUGCUAUCAGCUGUAGGCUCUGAACCAACUGCUGAUUUACAACCAGACACGCUCACUGCCCUGUCAGCCUUCAUGCUGGCACAAGCACAAGAAGUUUGUGUUAGCAAAGCUAUCAAAGAACGGAUGAAGUCUGCCGUCAUUGCGAAGCUGUGCAUGCAGUGUGAGGAACUCUAUGGUGAAGCCAGCAAGCAAAUGGGCCGUGAAAUUCUAAAACCACUCUGGGACCGUGACUGGAUUGCUAGAGUUGCUGGCAAGCAGCUUGCUUUCAACGCCCUUGCUCAGUUCUACCAAAGUCGGGUUUGCAACGAAGAGAAGUCAGUGGACGAGGAGAUCUCGCGCCUCCGCCACGCACUUGAGCUCUUCAAGUCUGCCGAGACUCGCUCGGGCAAUGCAGGGCAAGUUGUUGACCAGAUCGCCAGGGCCCAGAGUUUGAUGGACGAAGCCGUGAAAUACAACGAUUUCAUUUACCAUGAACGCGUGCCUGAGGUUAGGAACUUGUCAGCCAUUGAAAAGGCUGCAUUGGCGAAGGUUUUGCCGGUGCCUGAGCGCUUCUCCACCAACUUCACAGACCUUUUCGAGAGCCUCGUGCCAGUGCAGGUGCAACAAGCGCUCUCCCAGUGCGACGUGCGGCGACAGGACAUUGUCAACAAGGAAGUCAGCAAACUGAAGGGGGCAACGCAGCUCUUGAACAGUGUCUUGGCGAGCCUCAACCUCCCGGCCGCUGUCGAAGAGACGGCGGCUGGAGAGCAGCUGCCGCCCAGCCUUAGAGAGAAGAGUGCAGCCGUCGUCGAGAAAGGAGGGCUCGAGUCUUUGGAACGCAUCAUGAAAGAGCUGCCCGAGCUUCUGCAGCGUAACACCGAGCUGCUUGACGAAUGUGAGCGACAACUCAAGGAAGAAGCUGACUCAGACUCACAACUCAGAGAACAGUUUAAGGAGAAAUGGACUCGAACUCCAUCAGCAACUCUGACAGCAACGUUCCAGGCAAACGCUGCCAAGUACCGCAAGGUUAUAGAGACGGCCGUUGCUGCUGACUCUACUGUGCGGGGAAAGCUGGAUGCUAACAGGGAAGGCAUGGAGAUGCUGUCACGUGGUCCAGAGUCUCUAGCCAGCUCGCUGCCCUCGCCAUCGUCAGGAGGUGCAUCAGGCGACUCCCCCCCUGUGGUGACGCUGCGUAAGCUCAUGGAGGAGGUGGAGGCCAUCAAGGCGGAGCGCGAGGUGAUAGAAAAUGAGCUCAAGUGCGCCACUGUUAACAUCAGUGAAGUGUUCCUUGCGGCCCUGGCUGCUGAUGGCGCCAUUAACGAGCCUGCCCUCAGCACCGAGAAGUUAGGCGAGGUGUUCAGGGACAUGCAGAGGCAGGUCAGCGACAGUCUAACUCGCCAGGAGCGGCUUAUUGUCAACAUCCAGGAGAGUCAUGAGGAGUUUAUGGCUAAGAGCGGCCGAGCUGGAGGAGAACGGGAGAGGCUUUUGAAAAUGGUGGCAGCGAGGUACGAUGUCUUCAUGGAGCUCACUGACAACCUCAGAGAGGGAACUAAAUUCUACAACGAUCUCACGCAGCUCCUGGUUAAAUUCCAAAGUAAGAUCACCGACUACUGUUUCGCUCGACGCACGGAGAAGGAGGAGCUGCUCAAGGAUCUCACCUCAGGCCUCGCCUCUGCCAACACAGGACCGACGCCCCAGGCCCCCGCCCACCACGCCACCGCUGCUGCCAAGACGGCCCCUCCUCGACCUCCUCCCCCCGCCACGGCGUCUGCACCAGCCCCUCCCACCGCCGGCAAUCCCUACCAGGGCGCUCCUUAUUCCCAGCCUGGUCAACUGCCAUACCCUGUGCAGCCACAGGGCAUGCCUGCUCCCCCUCCAGGGUAUGCGUACCCUCUGUACCCAGUCUACAUGCCCAUGCCUCAGGGUUACAACCCGUACUUUGCACCUCCUCAGGGGUACCCACAAGCUCCUUACCCCACGCAAGGGGGCUAUGCACCAGGUUACCCCCAACAACCUCCUCCUACUUGGCCUCCUAAGCCUUGAAAUUUUCACAAACAAUAGAAAUUUAAAUUUCCUACUUGUAUGCAGUUGCAUCGGGGACUAUUGGUGCGACAUGACGAUAUGGUACUGUGUGAUCUUUAUUCAUUGUUUGAGUUUAUUGUGAAGCCAUUUAUAGUUUGUGGCUAGUGCUAACCGUUCAGGUUUUUUUACAAUUCAUAGAGCUAGCUGUGUCUUUUAGUUAGCGGGGCGAUGAGCAACACGUGCUGCAAUAUGCAGCGCUGAUACUCUUCCUAGGGCGUACCUACUAGCAACGCAUCUUGCGUCAUAUCCACUGAAAAACGUAAUGAACAGGCGUUGUUCUUGUUUUGAAUUCUGUGUCUCAGCACUCAGGUACACAGUUUCGCAACUUUCUCAACACUCACACAAUUAAUAGUGUCUCAUCUCUCGAGUCUAUAGUGUCUCGGCGCCCUAGUGCAUAACCACUUGGGCAUACAGUGUCGCUUAAUUUUGCCUUUCAGUUUGUCAAAUAACUCAAGCAAAUAGUGUGUCACUACUCAGGCCAAUAGUGUCUUUAAACUGGGCAAGCUGGGAAACUCACUUACCCGGGCCGCCUACAGAUGCAUCUAUUUUGAUUAUCUGUGUUAUUUCAAAGUUUUAGUUUUGUCCGUUUAAAUUUUGUUGGAGUUCUCGUGAACUUUAUUAAGCUAGUAGAUUGACAGUGAAAUAAUCAGUGUGAAUAGCUUCUUAAUUUCCAUGCAUACCUAUGCUUUAUUUUUGUAAAGCACUGGAGUAAUUUUUUUCAUUUCUUUCUCUAAAAUUUGGGUAUUAGUAAGCCUGAACGUACUCUAUUGUAGGAUUUUUUUUACUGUCGUUGCGUCAUAGAUAUAAUCCGUCAAUACCUUUGGAGCGUUGAGACGAAAUUGGCAUCAUUAUAAUUUGCUAAGCAAGAGCAUUUGGUACUCAUGCUCGCUUAUGCUCAUUUUAGCAUGAGUAUAAUUAUCUCUGAUGUUCACUCUAUUAUUUUAUGACUCCAAGCAUUCGCGCAAAUUUUUGUACCCACAUUUGAUUAAUAAUUUAUUCAUUUUCUGAUGAAUUUCUUACUCACUGUGAAAUUUAUUGUACUCUUUUAAUAAUACUGUUAUCUAUUCACUACAGUUCACUUUUUAUUCCCUGCAGUUACUGUGUCAUGGAUAGAUUAACAGUCAAAUCUUAAGUCUUCACAUCUCUAACGCUGCUAACCGACAGAUUUUAGUUAUAGCUGGUUUUUUCAAGCAUAAGUUAAUUGUCCUUCGGCAGAUUAGGUCAUAGCUUCAAGUUAAGGUUCUGCAUAUAUAUUUUGACCAUACCAUCUAAUCUUAAGGAACAUGUCUUGUUGAUGUUUCGAAAAUUUUAUACCAUUUACUAUGAAUUAGGAAAGCGUGCAGCCAUUGACGCAAGAAAUAAGGCCAUAUCUCACAAUACUGCUGCGUUUUUUGCUUUAGAGUUUAUUUAAAUGUGACUGGUCAAGGAUGUCGAUUACGGUGCAUAAUGGAUCAAAGCCAUAUAUACCUGAAGAUUUCAAUUUAAUGUUAUAUCGUACAUACUACUGAUUUGUUCCUUAUAUUCUGAGAAUCCACAUUAUGGUAUUCUGAUCUAAUGGACUUGAUUUGGUUAUUUACAUUAAUUGCUUACUCAUGUUAAUGUUCUCAUUCAGUAAACGCCAAAAUAUUUCACCAUUGACUUUUCUCGUGCCGGUAAUGGCUUCAUAUACAUAUGUAAUGUAGGAUGUGAUUGCCAUCUUUAAGUGAUUACUGUUUAGUUACCUAUCUGCUUUCUAUGAAACAAUUGAUGCGAUGCUCAUAGAAUUUACUUACAUGCUGUAAAUUUAGGGUGACAGUUGGAUGGCGAAUUAAAACGCUAUCGUAUGCUUCAGGAUUUGCAUUUCUAGCUUCGUUGUAUCUUUUUGUUGUUUUUGUUGCCUCAGCCUGAUAGUAUAUUUUAUUUCUGAAGCCUAAUAUCCAAGGAGUUUUGUUAGUAUAAGCUUGUACGAAAUACUCUGUCACAACAUUUGUGUUAACCGCUAAUUAAUAUCGUGCUUGUUUCUCAUCUUGCUCUGCGAGAGGAACUUGGAUUUUUUGUGUGUAUUUUGAGUUAUGUUGCCGUGAUUAUUGAAAUAAUAAUUAAAUAAUUUGGAAGUAUUCCAGGCUUUCAGUAACUCCGUUUAUGUUCUCCUAGAAGUGUCCUUUACCGUAAUACUAUCCUCAACUUUCUCUGUGGAAACUAUUUCUUUAAAAUGUACGGGAUGUAUUCGUUUUUUUCGUAUCCAUGAGUAGGUAUCUAUUUUAAGAAUCAACAGUGUAUUGGUUUGUGUGAAAGAAUGUUUUUUACGUUCAUUGCUUUCUAUUCUACUGAAAUGUAUGACUAUGAUUCACCGCUAAAGACUUUUCGUGAAAUUCUGUUUUUAUUCUUCAUGGAUUAUUGCCGAGUUCAGAGAUGAGAUGCGUUUUUCCACGUAGAUGAUAUCUUAGUUACAUUUAGGACUUUUGGCAGAAUCAGCAUACACUAACGAUAAAAUAAGGUCAACAUUGAACACAUUAGAAGUUCUUAUUUCUUCAUUUGAAUGUCGAGACAUUUUGAAAACAUUAUCUUCAGUUGUGCGAUGUCAGUAUGGAAUCAAUCGAGAACAGGUAAAAUAAAUAGAACUGCUGAUCAUUUAGCACAUGUAAAGUAGCUUACGGGGAAUUAUAUUGUAGCACAACUAUAAGAGCUUCGUCUUGUAUGUAUGAAAUGAAACAGUAUAUCGAAUUUGCAAG